AUGGGUCGCGUUCGCACCAAAACUGUAAAGAAAGCGGCCCGGGUCAUCAUUGAGAAGUACUACACGCGCCCAGGCAAUGACUUCCACACCAUCAAGCGGGUGUGCGAGGAAAUCGCUAUUAUUCCCAGCAGGAAGCUUCGCAAUAAGAUCGCAGGCUACGUCACACAUCUGAUGAAACGGAUUCAAAGAGGCCCGGUGAGAGGCAUCUCCAUCAAGCUGCAGGGGGAGGAGAGAGUGAGGAGAGAUAAUUACGUGCCUGAGGUCUCAGCCCUGGAUCAGGAAAUCAUUGAAGUAGAUCCUGACACUAAGGAAAUGCUGAAGCUCUUGGACUCUGGCAGCCUGUCCAACUUGCAGGUCACUCAGCCUACAGCUGGGAUGAACUUCAAAACCCUGCGUGGAGCCGUUUUAGUUGCAAGGGUGUAUCAAGGACGUCUGCCAGUGUUGCAGAUUGAUUCUGGAGAGGAGUCUAUGGGGAAUGGUAGAUAA